AUGGCAUCAUCACAUCCGUCGACAACAUCUGGUGACGAUAACGUCAAAGCAGACGCUUCUGUAAACAAGCAGUACGCGUGCUAUUGGCUCGAUACAUGUCGUGGUCAACACAAAUUAUCUAAUUGUAAAGAUUUUAAAAAGGAAUACGAUCACACUGGUAAAAUGAUCUAUUACUAUUCGCCAGAUGGUAGUUAUAUGGAAUUCGAUCGUAAUGGUAGAGGUAACGAUCGGCGGGCAUACAAUCCCAAAGCGAUUCAACGACUUCAUUUAUUUCUUUAUACUAUUCGACCAAAUGGUGAGAAGGAAAUCUUAUUUGGGUUGGCUAAUGGUAGAACAGUAAAUCAUGUAUACAUAAAGCAUCCUUUUCUUUCAUUUCCUUAUUCAAAAUCAUUCAAACGUUUUCAAGAUAUCACGCCCUUAGCUCAGCGCACAUUAGAAUGGAUUACAGAUCAAUCAGAUAUCUUGCAGCAAGGUCUAAAAUCACGUUUUAUCUAUCAGCAUUCAAAUGUUGUAUAUCCGCUAUAUUUAACUGCUGAGCAAGCAGAUAUAUUGACAGAGAAUUUUACGAACAAUGUAGAUCUUCGUUCAUUACAUUGGUUUCCUUUGACAACUGUCCUAGAACGAAUUGUCGACUGGUCAAAUAAACCAGCAAAUGUGAAAACAGUAAAAAAUUUGGCAAAACAGGAAUUUAUCGAGCCACAGGGUAUUCAUUUAGGUGAACACGAAUUAUGGUCUGUAACAGCAGCCUGUCUUAUGUACAUUCAAGAGCAUGUGCCAGAUGCAUACAAAACGUUUUUGCUAGUGUAAUCAAUUGAAAAUAGAUCAAUCUAUGC